AUGUACAAAAAACAAAAGCUCAUGUUCUACCCGGCCACUAACCCUAAUCGCCGAGGCGUUCUGCUCCCCGGCGGCGGCUACGAGAAGAUAAACUACAAGAAGGAGGGCGAAGAGCCUGCAUACUGGCUCAAUGCCCACGGAUUCGACGCCGAGAUCUGCGCCACGGGCCGCGUCGAAACACUCGGCGUAUGGGGAUUCGGCGCUGGCGGCCAUCUCGCCGCGAUGCUCGCUACGAGGUGCAUGAGAUUGAACUUCGCGAUCCUGGCUUACCCGGUCAUCAGGAUGAAGAAGAGAAUCGCGAUCAAGCGAGUGCGAUGGGACUUACUCGGUAGUGGCGACUUUGAUAAUGACGCUGCCAUGGACUAUUUCUCCGUCAACAAGUCUAUCCACGUCGACACACCACCUACAUUCCUGUUUCAUACCUCGAAUGGCAAGAGCGUACCCGUCCGGAACUCGCUGGAUUACGCCUCGGCUAUGGCCAAAUACAACAGGCCAUUCCAUAUCUAG